AUGGCUCCGCUCAGUUCCCCGCAAGAUCUCGGCUUGGGUGCCAUCCUCGCCAGAGCCCUCUCUUCUCCAACGCUGUCUCUUCCUCCAACUCUAGUGGCUAGGCAAAAUACAGAAACAGUCACUGUUACUGCAUCCGGCGAUAAUGGCAACAGUGCCCAAACAUUGAGUGGAGGCGCAAUUGCCGGCAUCGUCAUUGGUUCAAUUGCUGGCUUCCUUCUCCUCCUCUGGGUUGUUAGAUCGUGUCUCAAUCUGGGCGCACCGCCUCAAGAACGCGAGAAGUGGUAUCACUACAAGGAGGAGCCUCGACGACAUUCACAUCAUCAUCGCUCUCGAAGUAGACGAUCGCAUCGCUCGAGCAUCUCUGCACCUCCGCCAAUCGUCGUUAGAGAGUCGAGAUCUCGAAGCCAUCGCCGUGGACGAUCGCCUGGAUACUAUGGGACUGAUCGCAGUUCCCGGUAUUACGUAUAA